AUGAAACGCUCCAAAACACCCGCAAUGAAAAUGAGUCCCAUCGAGAAUGUAGUACCAAAUUUAGUGGAGGUCGUUUCUCAAGAGAACGUUAACUUGAGAAACAAACCGGACCGUUCACGUGACUUAUUUGGAGUUCAAUUAGAGGUUACAAGUUUACUAUUAGAAGCGGAAAGGAGAAAAUUGUCGGUACUUCAAAAGGAACUACAACAAGCUCUGGAAGAAGGAGGUUCCAUAAAAGCCAAGGAACAUCAAAAACAGGAGCUUCUUUUAGCCAUAGCGAGAAUUCAAGCGCAGUAUGAUCUCUUGGACAAAGAGUAUCGAGAACACGCGCUAGAGGCGCUGCUGUCGGCGAAUACAAGAGGAUUCGGAAAGUACGUAUAA